UGCGUGACGUUAGAUAAACGUUUCAUUUGCAUGACCCGAGUUUCAACACGGAUGUAUUUAAGCCGAGGACAGUUAACUUGACCCGCCCCCGCCCAGUGCACUCAGAGUUUAUAAUCGAGUGCACAUUACUUUCGAUGUGUUUGUUUUUAUCUGUUCACCGGUCUUAAUUCAUAUAUAAUAUAAAUAGUGUUUUAAUCAUCCGAUAACUGUUUUUUUUUAAAGCAAGUUGUAUCUGUCUGUGAAAGAAGAGGCAGAGUUCCUGAGGGAAGAAAACUUUCUCUCACUAUAGAAGGUUUUUCUUUUUACUGUUUUCUUUCAACCAUGGCGUGUGAAGGAAACGGCAUGUCAGAUGCGAGGAUAGGAGAGGCCCUGAUCAAAGAGGUCAUAGAGGAGGAGCUGAGGGACGCGUCCUCGGAGGACGUCCCACCGCUCACCCCGCUGGCUGUGGAGGUGAAGACUGAGCAGGAGCAGAAGAUUGUGACCCAGCUGGGCAAAAUGAUCCGCGUCAUCGGCGACAGGGUCCGAGACGACAAGGAGUUCCAAGAUGCCAUAGACGGGGUGGCUUGUUUCUCCGGCUCUAAGUGGGACCGCUUUAAGGAAGUGGCAGACAAAGUGUUCGAACAUGGGAUCACGUGGGAGAGGAUCGCCGUGCUCUUCUACGUUGCCGGAAAGCUGGCUGUCAGGAUGGUGGAGGCUCAUCUCCCUCAGUCAGUGAGGGAGAUCCUGAUGUGGACCGUGGACUUCUUCAGAAACAAUCUACUGGCCUGGAUUCGGGAACAUGGAGGAUGGAUCAACAGUUUCUCGGACCUGGCGGUGGCGUCCAUGCAGAGCGUGUCGUCGCUGAGCUCCCACAGCUACGGCCUCGCCCUCAUCUUUGUGGCCGGCCUGGCUCUAGGAAGCGUCAUCACCUGGAGACUCACCAGACAGCUCUGAGGAACGCACACACACACACACACACACACUCUCACUGCAGACCUGGGUCACCCUCGUGUUCAGAAAGUCAUUAUAAUGUUUACCAAAUAAGUAGUAUUUGACCCGAUUAUAGUAGAAGCAGCCUGGUCUCCUAAAAAUGACGUUACCAUACAACAAAGACUGCAUUGCCAAAGUAGUUUCGAGGAAAAACAUAUUCUUACCCCGAUUACGUUAGUUUUUUUUACGUAACACAAAUGUUUCUAAAUCAAAACAAAUGUUUUAAUUGUAUGAGAAAGUGUUUACAGAAAAAGUAAGCGUUUGUAACUUUAAAAAAACAUAACAAACAUACAUAUUUUGAGCCAAAUCCUAAUGAUUUACCAACCAUAACCAAGUAACAUAGUUGUGUUUUUCACAACGUUAAUCAUGAGUUUAGAACUGUGACCGUAAUCUGGGGGGAAAAUACAUUUCCCUCUUAAAAAAAAAUGGAGAAUGUAGUUCAUUUUUAUGGAAACAUAACUUUGAAGGAGACCAGGUUGAGCAGUGGGUUUAUUAUUCAGAAUCAAUGAAAGGUGCCUGACCAUCCAACACUUUCUAUCUUCUCUAAUGUUAUCUAUGCAAACUUGAAAACUUGAAUGAAACAUUGUAUCAUACAUAUUUUUCUACAAAACUUUCUGUAUCACGUUAAACAGAUAUUCUCUAUGCUCUAAGAGUAAUUAUGCUCUAGAAAAAACCCCAAAUGGCAAUGUCGACUACGUUAAGGCCUCUGGGUUCACAGUGGAAAACAAGUGCUAAUGAGUUCAUUUUGUGCCUCCUCAUUGGAUGUGACCACCCUGAUUGAUUGUGUGUUUUAAAAUUGUUCAGCUUGAUGCAUCACCACACAGGUCUCUCAUCCCAAAUCCCUUAUUUGAUCGCUUCUUGCUUCUCGAUCGUUGCAUGAGCUGGUCGCUCCCGUCCAUCAUCAUGAAGGACGUUCCAAAUCUGCUCUGAGGACUGUGUAGGGAGGGUGGAUCCCUGAGGAGGCUUGAGCAAGGAAACACCAAGCCAAGCUUCUCAGAGGGGAGACAGUUAUCCUGUGCCUCUUUAGCUAGUGUGCUUAUACAACAAAUAAGAGCUCAACAAAACUAUCCGACAAAGCUCAUCAAUCGACCUGCUAGGGUUGACAUCGAUACAGUAGAAUUGAAAAGGGAGAACCAGACUAAGGAGAGUCUUGUAACAACUCGACCUCUGUCUUUACAACCCGUUAUCGAUCAUGACUUGUCAAACCAGGUCAGACUGGGAUGUCACCACAACACAGAUUUUUGUUCUUACACCAGCACAGAUCCAACUCGGGUAUCAUAUCUCAUAUAUCUUUCUAUUUAAUUUAUUUUAAGUAUAGGCUUCCAUGUAGUUGUAGAAUAUUGGAUCUGUAGGGCGGAUAACAACGGACAGAUUUUCUUCAUAUGUCAUUUCCCAUUGUGUCAUCGAUAAGAAUAUUAAGGGGUGUCACAAUUUUGAUUCGAAAAUCGAAAAUCAAUCGAAAUGAGCUUUCAUUUUGAACGUCAACGUCAAAAGCAGGAUUGGCAAUUCUCCCGGUAUUUUUUUUUUUCUUUACACCCAGGCCUACGUAAAUCCAAACAAAAAAGGACGACAAAACAUUGUUGUCAGAAGAACUACAAUUUCUUUUUAACACAUUCUCAUCAUAACCUAGAGUUCUAAAUAAUAAGUGCAUUCAGUGUCUGUGAAGUCAAUUUACAAACAAAUACUGCCAUAUAUUAUCAUCUUUCGUUUCCUUCUCAACCCCAUUAGUUUAGUCCGUAAAAGAAACGUGCUUUUGAAAUAGUAAACAUCAGGUUCAUUUAAAUUAUUCCAACCUCUGUACUCCACUGGUUUACUGUUAUGGUGGUUUUUACAGUUUAUUUGCACAAAAUCAUUUGUCCUUAUAGGUGACCACUUCCUAAGUUAUUUUAAACAUGACCAUGAAGUGAUGUGGAAGGUCUCCUUCUCUGAUAUGAGUUUACUUUCUCAUACAUGUAAUGUGAAAAUAUUGAUGUUCUCUUAGUGCGACUUUGAGCAGUUGUAGCCUUUAAUUUUGGUGGAGGAAGAACGUAGACAAAAAUAAAAUCAAGUUUGUCAGGGGU